CGGGCCAUGGCGGAGCGCGGAGGAGCCGGCGGCGGGGGCGGCGGACACCCGCGGGGCUCCGGACAGUCCCCUCAGCAGCCGCCUCAGCCCUCGCCGCCUCAGCCGUCGCCGCCUCAGCCGUCGCCGCCUCACACGACGCCGCCUCACACGACGCCGCCUCAGCCGCCGCCUCAGCCGCCGCCUCAGCCGGUCCCGAAGGCGGCCCCGGCCUCCGCCCCCGCCGCCGCCGCCGCCGCCGCCGCCGCCUCGUCCUCCUCCGCCGGGGGGGCGUCCGGCUUGGCGGCGGCGGCCCCCGGGGGCGGCCCGGCCCGGCCCCCGGUGCAGAUGAACCUCUACGCCACCUGGGAGGUGGACCGGAGCUCGGCCAGCUGCGUGCCCAGACUGUUCAGCCUGACCCUGAAGAAGCUCAUUAUGCUCAAGGAGAUGGACAAGGAUCUGAACUCGGUGGUCAUCGCCGUGAAGCUGCAGGGCUCCAAGAGGAUCCUGCGCUCCAAUGAGAUCGUCCUUCCGGCCAGCGGGUUGGCGGAGACGGAGCUCCAGCUGACUUUCUCCCUCCAGUACCCUCACUUCCUCAAGCGGGACGCCAACAAGCUGCAGAUCAUGCUGCAGAGGAGGAAGCGUUACAAGAACCGGACCAUCCUGGGCUACAAGACCCUCGCCGUGGGGCUCAUCGACAUGGCCGAGGUGAUGCAGCAUCCCAGCGAGGGGGCCCUCGUCCUCGGCCUGCACAGCAACGUGAAGGAUGUGGCCGUCCCGGUGGCGGAGAUCAAGAUCUACUCCCUGUCCAGCCAGCCCAUCGACCACGAAGGAAUCAAGACCAAGCUGUCCGACCGCUCUCCCGACAUCGACAACUAUUCCGAAGAGGAGGAGGAGAGCUUCUCGUCGGAGCAGGAAGGGAGCGACGAUCCUUUACACGGGCAGGACCUGUUCUACGAAGACGAGGAUCUGCGCAAGGUGAAGAAGACCCGAAGGAAACUGACCUCCGCCUCGGCCAUCACCCGGCAACCCAACAUCAAACAGAAGUUCGUGGCCCUGCUGAAGAGGUUUAAGGUCUCCGACGAGGUGGGCUUUGGGCUGGAGCACGUUUCCCGGGAGCAGAUCCGCGAGGUGGAAGAGGACCUGGACGAGUUGUACGACAGCCUGGAGAUGUACAACCCCAGCGACAGCGGCCCCGAGAUGGAAGAGACGGAGAGUAUCCUCAGCACCCCCAAGCCCAAGCUCAGGCCCUUCUUCGAAGGGAUGUCCCAGUCCAGCUCCCAGACGGAGAUCGGCAGCCUCAACAGCAAGGGAAGCCUGGGCAAAGACACACCCAGUCCCAUGGAGUUGGCCGUCUUGGACAAAGUCAAAUCUUCGUGGAGUAAAAACCUGGAGGACAGCCUGACGGAAACGGAGACUCUGGACGUCAGUGAUCAGGACACGUUCGGAGACGCCAGCGCCACGUUGGCGGUGCCAGAGAAAAUCAAAACGCCCAUGAAGUCCAGCAAGGGCGAUCUCCAGGGUUCUGCUUCCCCCAGCAAAAUGGAUGGGGUGCACACCCCUCGACAGAAAAGGAGCACGCCCCUCAAGGAGCGGCAGCUCUCCAAACCCCUGAGCGAGAGGACCAACAGUUCCGACAGCGAGCGCUCGCCCGACCUGGGCCACAGCACUCAGAUCCCCCGGAAGGUGGUCUACGACCAGCUGAACCAGAUCCUGGUGUCGGAAGCCGCCCUCCCGGAGAACGUCAUCCUGGUGAACACGGUGGACUGGCAGGGGCAGUAUGUGGCGGAGCUCCUCCAGGACCAGCGGAGGCCCGUGGUCUGCACCUGCUCCACCGUGGAGGUCCAGGCCGUCCUGUCGGCCCUGCUCACCCGCAUCCAGCGAUACUGCAACUGCAACUCUUCCAUGCCGCGGCCCGUGAAGGUGGUGGCCGUCGGGGGCCAGAGCUACCUGAGCUCCAUCCUCCGCUUCUUCGUCAAGUCCCUGGCCAACAAGACCUCCGACUGGCUCGGCUACAUGCGCUUCCUCAUCGUCCCCCUCGGGUCUCAUCCGGUCGCCAAAUACAUAGGCUCGGUGGACAGCAGGUACAGCAGCAGCUUCCUGGAUUCGGCCUGGAGGGAUCUGUUCGGCCGCCCGGAGCCCCCCGUGUCAGACCAACUCGACGUGGUGGGGCGAGUGAUGCAGUACGUCAGCGGGGCCGGCGUGACCCACCAGCUCCCGGUGGCCGAAGCCAUGUUGACCUGCAAACACAAAUUCCCAGACGAAGACUCCUGUCAGAAGUUCGUUCCCUUCAUCGGCGUGGUGAAGGUGGGGCUGGUGGAAGACUCCCCCGCGACCGCGGGCGACGGGGACGACGCGCCCGUGGUCAGCCUGACCGUCCCCUCCACGUCACCGCCCUCCAGCUCCGGGCUGAGCCGGGACACCUCGGCCACACCCCCCUCCUCCCCGUCCAUGAGCAGCGCCCUCGCCGUGGUGGGGAGUCCCAACAGCCCCUACGGGGACGUGAUCGGCCUGCAGGUGGACUACUGGCUGGGCCACCCCGGCGAGCGGCGGAAGGAGGGGGAGAAGCGGGACGCCAGCUCCAAGAACACCCUGAAGAGUGUCUUCCGCUCGGUGCAGGUGUCCCGGCUGCCUCACGGCAGCGAGACCCAGCUCUCGGGCACCAUGGCCAUGACCGUGGUCACUAAAGAGAAAAACAAGAAAGUUCCCACCAUCUUCCUGAGCAAGAAACCCCGCGAGAAGGAGGUGGACUCCAAGAGCCAGGUCAUCGAAGGCAUCAGCCGCCUGAUCUGCUCGGCCAAGCAGCAGCAGACCAUGCUCAGAGUGUCCAUCGACGGGGUGGAGUGGAGCGACAUCAAGUUUUUCCAGCUGGCCGCCCAGUGGCCCACCCACGUCAAGCAUUUCCCCGUGGGACUGUUCAGCGGGAACAAGCCCACCUGAGGCCCACGCUCCCGGCGGGGGAGGGGGCGGCCAGCGAGGCUCUGGGCCCCAGCGUCCCCUCCCUCCUCGGGGGUCCGCCCUCUUCCCUGGCCCAGUCUCGAGGGACACUGCCACUGGGGAAGCCGGUGCCGCCCCCGCCCUCCCGGCCGCCUCCUGGCCCGCUCGCUCUCUGUGCCCCGAUUGCACGUGCUGCCCUUCUCCCUUCCCCCCGCCCCCCCUACCAGGGGGCCGCGGUCCAAGCCCGGGCUCCUCGGCUCUGCCCUCUGGCACCUUUCUAUUGGUUACUGGAAUUAAGCUCCCCCCCCCACCCCCACCCCCGGCAGGCCGGCUCCCCGCUGAUCUUCCCCGUGCCGCCCCGGAGGCCCCCCCCCUUCCCCGUGCCGCCCCGGAGGCCCCCCCGUCCGUGGGCGAGGGUCCCGGAGGCUGGAGGGAGGUGCGGCCGCAGAGGGUCAGUGCUGUCGGGGUGGGGGGGGGCGGGGACCUGCCCUCGGGCUCCAAGCUGCCAAGCCCCUUCCGGGUUUUAAAGCCAUCGUUGCCAGAAGCUACAUUCCCCGCCCCAUCCUCCUCCUCCUCCUCCUCAGUCAGCUGCCCACUGGCCUGCCCCCCUUUCCCGAGGAACCCGGGGCAGCUGGGGGCCAGGAGCUAGUUUGGCCCGUUUCCCCCCUCCCCUCGGGGCUCCCCCAGAGGGGCGUAGCCAGGGGAGGGACGGAGCUCCGCAGCGGCGGGCAACCAGAUCCGCCCGCUCCUAGCCCGAAUCCCCCGCGGAGGAGGCCGCGGGGUGGGUUCUUCGGGGUGGGGGCCGCCCCCCGGCCUGGGAGGACCCGGAGCGGCGGCGGGCCCUCCCUCCCCCAGCCGCCGCCGGGUUCACCGCCGACGUCUCCCCGUCGUGUGCGUCCGAGAGCGAGCUUGUUUGGUUCUUCCCACAGCUGGUCUGUUCCGUGUGCCCCCGCCCCCCGGCCUCCUCCCGGCUCUUUUCCCCCAGAGCGUCCCGUCGGUCCCGCGCUCCCUCGGCUCCUCCUCCCCUCCCGCUCGCUCUCCGUCUCCCUCGGCCUCGGGCUGCGGGUGAGCGGCGGCGUCCGGGCCCUGCCGUUCCACCCGCCCGCCACCCCGAACGUUUACGUGCGUCCGUGUCCGUCCGUCCGUCUUCCUCGCCCCGGCGCUCCGCCGCCGGUCCGGCGUCGGGGCGUCCUCGGCCGUCCGUCUUUCCGCCCGCUUCUCCGACGCCCCUCGCCCCGGGCCGCGGGAGUCCUGGCCGGCUCCGCUCCAUCCGCGCCCCUCCGGCGGGCCGGGCGACUCGGCCCCCUUCCGCCCCCCGCCCCGGGGACUUCAUCCCUUCGGGUCUGAGGACCACCCGGGGUGGGGGCUGGGGAGGGGGAGGCGCCGCCCGAGCCUCAGUAUUCCGUUAGCCCGCAGCCGUGGACGGAACCGACUCCACUGGGGAAAGAAGGAUCUCCCCUCCUAUCCCUCCGUCUCCCCCUCCCCGACCCCCGCCACCCCCGGCCCCCUCCCAGUGCUCGGCCCGGACUCUGCUGCUCUCCUCGGGCCCCGGGGGAGGUGUUGGGGGUGGGGGGCGGGGAAGGGAGAGCGCUGUUGGAUUUUUCAUUCAAUAAACCGUGGUGAUUUCUUA